CGGCGCGCUCGCCUGCAGGGUCACGUGACGGCCCACAGCUGGAGCGAGAACGCGCGUCCUGCCGCGCGUCCCCCCGUCGGGGCUUGAGCGCUGCGGCGCGUGCGCGAGCGGUGCAGCACCGGCCGCGGGAGCAGGCAGGGAGUAUUAUGGGCUGUGGGUGCCGCUGAGCAAGAUGGAGCUGUCUGCAGUGGGCGAGCGGGUCUUCGCGGCUGAAUCCAUCAUCAAACGGCGAAUCCGAAAGGGACGCAUCGAGUACCUGGUGAAAUGGAAGGGGUGGGCCAUCAAGUACAGCACUUGGGAGCCCGAGGAGAACAUCCUGGACUCGAGGCUCAUUGCAGCCUUCGAGCAGAAGGAGAGGGAGCGGGAGCUGUAUGGGCCCAAGAAGAGGGGACCCAAACCCAAAACUUUCCUCCUGAAGGCGCGGGCCCAGGCUGAGGCCCUCCGCAUCAGUGACGUGCAUUUCUCCGUCAAGCCGAGCGCCAGCGCCUCCUCGCCCAAGCUGCACUCCAGCGCAGCCGUGCACAGGCUCAAGAAAGACAUCCGGCGCUGCCACCGCAUGUCCCGCCGCCCCCUGCCCCGCCCAGACCCCCAGGGGGGCAGCCCUGGCCUGCGCCCACCCAUCUCGCCUUUCUCGGAGACCGUGCGCAUCAUAAACCGCAAGGUAAAGCCUCGGGAGCCCAAGCGGAACCGCAUCAUCCUGAACCUGAAGGUCAUCGACAAGGGCACCGGUGGAGGGGGUACUGGGCAGGGGGCUGGAAACCUUGCGCGCCCCAAAGUCCCCUCUCGGAACCGUGUCAUCGGCAAGAGCAAGAAGUUCAGCGAGAGCAUCCUGCGCACGCAGAUCCGCCAUAUGAAGUUCGGCGCCUUCGCGCUGUACAACAAGCCCCCUCCACCCGGCUCUCUGCCGCCCCCGCAAGCCAGCAAGGCCGACGUCACUGCCUCUGCCGCCCCGGGGCUGCUCCUGCCAGCCCCCGCUGCCCCCUACGACGCCCGCAGCUCCGGCUCCUCCGGCUGCCCCUCGCCAGCACCCCAAUCCUCUGACCCCGACGACUCACCCCCCAAGCUGCUCCCCGAGACCAUGAGCCAAUCUGUCCCCGACUGGCGAGAGCCCGAGGUGCUCGACCUGUCCAUCUCUCCCGAGUCGGCAGCCACCAGCAAGCGGGCGCCUCCUGACGUCAGCACGGCCGCCAGCCAGGCAGUGGCCACAGCCCCUGAGCCUGUCGGUGCCUCCUCUGAGCCCGAGGCUGGGGACUGGCGCCCGGAGAUGUCACCCUGCUCCAAUGUGGUCGUCACCGAUGUCACCAGCAAUCUCCUGACAGUCACUAUCAAGGAGUUCUGCAACCCUGAGGAUUUCGAGAAGGUGGCUGCUGGGGUAGCAGGUGCUGCAGGUGGGGGUGGCAGCAGUGGGGUGAGCAAGUGAGGGGGCUCCAUCACGGAGGGGGCUUUGGGGGGGCCCUCCUGCCCAAAGUCAUACUGUUGCUCUCCCCCCCCACCCUCAGACACCUCCGCCUGUGCUUUGCUUGUUUCAAAUGGCUGGUGUUGACCCCGGGAUGGGGCGGGGCAGUUGGAGCCCUCUGAAGCCCAGUGGGGGGUCAGUCCUGGACCAGAUCAGGGCUGGGGUGGGACCGGGCACUAGAAGGUCCUCCCUCUUGCCGUUGGUGCCCUCCCCGCCCAUGCACAGUGGGGCCCACCGGGCGGCUCCUGAGGAGUCCCGGCACCCAGGGUUCAGCUGCCCCCGCCGCAUCCCACCCCGUCCCCCCAGCUUGCUUCUAGCUCUCCUGCACAGCGUCUGAUUUCUCGGUGCUGACCCAGCGGCCUCGGGCCCCUUGGAGGCCCCUCCCAGUGUCCCUGCUGUUCCUCUCCUUCCUCCAGACGCCUGGGCAGGGGAGGCAGGGAUGGCGGAGCCCAGACGGAGGUUGGGGCGAGGCCAGCCUCAGCCCCUCUCUCCACAUCAGCGAGGGUGGCCAUGCCCAGAGGCAGGGGUCUCCUGCCCACCGUUGGAGGAGACCCAAGGGCCCCCUUAGGCCCCACCCCACCUCUUCACUAGUUUCCAUCCGGAAGGUGGGGGAUGGGCAGGGAGCUCAGCUGGCCACAGCCUCCCAGCACGAAAGGCCCCUUCAGUCCCCAACCAAAGGUGCUACGAGAACCUGCUGUGGACGCCUCCAGCUGUGCGCGUGUGACUGCGCCCAGGGCGUGUUCAUACGUGUGUCUUCAUGCCUGGGCACUGUGCACCGGGUCCAGGCUUUCCGGUGGCUCCCUUUGGGGUUCCUCGGCAGGGGGUCGCCGAAGGCCCCGACCCUCCCUUGCCAGCAGCUGGGCCUAUGGAGGCCACCAGGCCAGUCCUUCCCGCCCGGGUGGGCUGGGGGCAUGGUCCCCGUGCCCUUCCCUUCUGGGGCGGUCAGCCUGACUGCCGGGCCUUCGGUGGCUGCACGCGUGGCAUGGUGGGGACUGAGGCAGAGAAGGGAGGCCCCCGCCCCGGACUUCCACCUUCCUCCCGUGUGCUUUGGGGGAAGGAGGAGGCCGGGAAGUGGUCUCGAGGGCCUCUGGCUUCUCUCCAGCCCUCUCUUUUGCUUCUGACCCUGAGGCUGUCUCACAGCCCAGCCUGCUCGAGGUGGUGGGAGGCCUCCGGGGCCCUGGGCAGCUUUUCUCCCUCCGCUGCCAGGGAGCAGAGGCCUCCGUGCCAGUGGCAGAAACCAAAGCCCCAGGUGGAGCCCGGGCCCCGGGAGGACGGCGGGCCGGGGCAGGGCGCCGAAGCAGGCGCCGCGGGGGUCUGCUUCAGGGCAGCCUUGGGCGGCUACCCCGGGCCGCCUUCUGUCUGGGCUUGGCAUGUGUGCCGUGCCCUGCCCACAGCUCAGCGUGGCUCCCUGGGGUGUGCGCUGAGGGACGGGUCUCAGCCGGGAAGUGGGAAGCGUGGUGGCAGGAGGCAGGAGGCAGGAGAUGACAGAAAGGGAAUCCGAUUGGGGAGCAGACUCCUCCUUCCUGAGUGUGGGAGGGCCCCUCCUGACAGGCCUCCCCACCAGGGCUUCCGCCCAGCCCCACCCCCCUCCCCCCGGAUGUGGAACGAGGGCCCUCACAGGGUUUGGGGGGCUGGCACUCCCGGACCCCUCUGCACCUGCCCUUUGUGUUGGCUCUGUGGCCGUCCAAGUGCCAAUUGGCUUCCCCCCAAAUAAGGGCUGGUGUUUCUCCCCUGUCCUCAGAGGCGAUUUCCCCCCGACCCCUCACCCCAGGGGCGAGGCCGCCUGGGUGCCAGUUACAGGUGUUUCCAGAGACCAUAGAAAUGUGUUUUCCUGAGAGUCCGUGUCAUUCGUGACUUUUUUUGUAAAGAAGUUGUGUUUUCAGAGGUGAUUUUAUGACAGGAAAGUGAAAGACUUAGUUUUGCAAAAAAAAAAAAAAAAAAAAAAAAGAGGAAAAAAAAGAAAUAGAAAAAAAUAUUGUGGGAUUCCUAUGGGGUUUGGGGGGGGCGGGGAGAAAGCUAUUUAAAAGAGAAACUAGUGACGCAGUGAUUGCACAGGUGAGGUGGCAGUGUCGGGGACAGGAGCGGGGGCCCGGGCCCCGCCAGCGCGUCCCCAGGGUUGUGGCCGACCGCCUUGCUUCCGUGGUUCGAGGCCCCGUGAGCCCUCCCGUCCUGGGCCCGGACUCCACCCCUGUCCUCCCUCCAAGGAAAGGAUGCCCACUGGUCCAGGGGAGCUAGCCAGAAGCUGCAGGGACCAAGCCACUGGAGCUGAUCUUUGGGGAGGUGGGGGGUCAGCAGGGGUCCCCCCCGUCGCCAGGAUGGGUCGUUGGUAACUCUCUGCGGGAAGGCUGGUGAGUAGGUGCGGUUGGGUCUCUUGCCCCGUUCCUUUGCCAGCUUGAUGGGCCACCUGGUCCCUACCACCACCACCCCCUGGGGGGCUUCUCCCUCCCCGUCACCCCAAAGACCAUGAUGCCCCUGGGCUUCCCUGGCCGGGUAGUGGAUGCAGGCUCCAGGCAGACGGAGCUGUGGACCCCGGGAGACCCUUAGGUGGUGAUCCUGUGGACUGAGGGUAACCGUGGGCAGGAGGGAGUGCCUGCCCCGGGGCCCCAGACUUGCAGCCCCGCCCCACCGUGGCACUCUCGAGGACACGCGUGCACUCUGCUCCCAGGCGGGCAGCCUCCCGCAGGGCCUGAGUGGGCACGGUGUCGCCAGCAAGCAGAGUCCCCCUCACCUCUCUCCAGAGUGGCUUGGAGCAGGGGCCCAGAAGCACCCCCAUACACACACACACACACACUCUUGCACGGAUCUGCCUCCCACGGGCCCUUCCCCCUUGCUGCUUUUCCGUUUGCCUAAUUACCAGGCAGAAAUUGCCAUCUGGUUUGCUUUAUUUUCAUGUGUGAAACACCCCCACAGCCCAAUCUCCCCCAUGUUAGGCCUUUGGUGGGGGCGUCAGUCACGGCCCCCCAUUGCCGCGCCUCCUCAUCCACACGUCAUAGGAAACAGGUGGGGUCCGGUGCCUCUGGUUUGAGAUGGGAAGGCGGGCCCUACCCCUGACCCUCGCUUGCCCGUCUGUGAAAUGGGUGUAUCGGGCAGCAAGGCCUCUUCCUGAAACACUGCCAGCGUCCAGGCAGCCGCCGAGGGUCAGCCGUGGUUGAGGCUGCCGCCCUGGGCCUCCAGCUGCCCACCGCUCCCACGGCCCCCUCUGGUUCUCACCCUGCAGCGGGGUCAGGGUCCAAGUGAGCUCCGUGCUUCUGCUCCAGAAAGAGGUGACGAUCACGUGCCCAGCCACAGCGUGAGGUGGACACUGUGGGAGGGGUCACCCACUUACAAGACACGGACACUGGGUCUCAGAGGCAGAGCCGCUCCACGGGGUGAAGAGCCCGCUGCUCUGGCCUUUGGCCUUUUCAAAGCCCCUCUCACCAGUGGGGCCUGGGCCCUGGAGCCACCACUAAGCUGGCCGGCUGCCCCUGAGCCCCCUUGGUCCCGGGGGAGGGGUCGGCCCAGGGUAGGAAACUUCGUGAGGAGGGCGGGUGGAGGCUGAGCCGCGCCAGCCUUUCUGGCCUCUGGCGACCACGUGGACACCCCACCCUCCCCGCCUUGUGGGGUCUGGUUCUCGCUGUUGGUUUUCGUUUGUUUGUUUUGCACUUCGCCCGCUUCGGACAGUGGAGCCCGGCCCGGCCAGCUCCACGGGCGCCCAUGCACUAGCCCGGGGCGGCCUCUCGGGGGCUUGUGUGGUUUAAGGAAUCACUUUUAAAAGAAGAAAAAAAAAAAAGGAAAGUGUUUAAAGGUUUUUGUUUUUUUCUGUCUGCAUCUCCUCUCGGAUUCAGAAAAGCCUAGAAUUACAGCCUCCGACCCCAGGAGAGGGUCUCCCCAGCCUGACCCCCAUCUUGCUGACAGUCACCAAGAUGCCACAAGGGGACAGGCUGGGUGGGGACUGAGGACCCCACCUCCCAGGCCUGCAGGGAGCCCCCUCCACCUUGAGGGAGUCAGCACCUCACUCCAACAGUGCAUGAGUGCCUACUGUGUGCAAUGCUUCCGCGAGGCAAAGGGGGGCCGGUGGCCCAAUGGGGGGCCCUUUGCGAGAGGCCGGGGGUGGGGAAGGAGCAGGGAGUCCCGGGGUCUUCCCUGCUGUUGGCCAGAGUGGAAAUGGAGACGUUUUUGUUGUUGUUGGUUUUAAUUUAAAAACACAAAGGCCUAAAGAAAUGUAUCUUAUAAUUUUUUUUUAAUUUUUGAAAAGCUCAUUUAAUGCAUUGUGCACGAAUGAAUUCUAUAUAUAUAAAAUAUACAUAUAUAGCUCUAUAUUUGGGGAGGGCGCUGUUUCUUUUCUCUUUGUCAUUUUAAAAAUGAAGUGGUGUUGCCUUCGUCUGUGGUCCAACCAUCCAGCACCCAGCUGGCUAAACUCUGCCUCCCGUGGUCACGGAGAGGACACUCGUGGAGAGGACACUCGUGGGGUCGGCGGGAGACCGGGGCAGACAGGCCACCCCGGCGUGCCGGGGUCCCCGCCCGCCCGCCCGCCCCUGUCCCCGAGGCUGCAGGUGGAGAAGGCGGCUUGUUUCGGGUGUGGGUUUGGGUUCUGUUCUGGAUUCGGCUGUUUCUGGUCUGGGGGAGGGGGGGUUCGUGCCGAUUUCUCUCGUCUUGUACGUUCGUUCCGCUGCUCUUCAAUAUUGUAUCGAUGCCAGGAAGGGGGGUGAGAAGCCUCUUUCGCUCCCCAAAUAAAUUGUCACAUUCCGAA